AUGUGGCGGCUGGUGUUGUUGUGGGUGGGGGGUCCGGGGCAGCUACAGCACACCAGUCCUGGCACCCCGGGGCAGCUACAGCACACCCCUCCUGGCACCCCGGGGCAGCUACAGCACACCAGUCCUGGCACCCCGGGGCAGCUACAGCACACCAGUCCUGGCACCCCGGGGCAGCUACAGCACACCAGUCCUGGCACCCCGGGGCAGCUACAGCACACCCCUCCUGGCACCCCGGGGCAGCUACAGCACACCCCUCCUGGAACCCCGGGGCAGCUACAGCACACCAGUCCUGGCACCCCGGGGCAGCUACAGCACACCCCCCCUGGCACCCCGGGGCAGCUACAGCACACCAGUCCUGGCACCCCGGGGCAACUACAGCACACCCCUCCUGGCACCCCGGGGCAGCUACAGCACACCAGUCCUGGCACCCCGGGGCAGCUACAGCACACCCCUCCUGGCACCCCGGGGCAGCUACAGCACACCCCUCCUGGAACCCCGGGGCAGCUACAGCACACCAGUCCUGGCACCCCGGGGCAGCUACAGCACACCCCUCCUGGCACCCCGGGGCAGCUACAGCACACCAGUCCUGGCACCCCGGGGCAGCUACAGCACACCCCUCCUGGCACCCCGGGGCAGCUACAGCACACCCCUCCUGGAACCCCGGGGCAGCUACAGCACACCAGUCCUGGCACCCCGGGGCAGCUACAGCACACCCCCCCUGGCACCCCGGGGCAGCUACAGCACACCAGUCCUGGCACCCCGGGGCAGCUACAGCACACCCCUCCUGGCACCCCGGGGCAGCUACAAUACACCCCUCCUGGAACCCCGGGGCAGCUACAGCACACCCCUCCUGGAACCCCGGGGCAGCUACAGCACACCCCUCCUGGAACCCCGGGGCAGCUACAGCACACCCCUCCUGGAACCCCGGGGCAGCUACAGCACACCCCUCCUAGAACCCCGGGGCAGCUACAGCACACCCCUCCUAGAACCCCGGGGCAGCUACAGCACACCCCUCCUGGAACCCCGGGGAGCUACAGCACACCCCUCCUGGAACCCCGGGGCAGCUACAUUACACCCCUCCUGGAUCCCUGGGGCACCUACAGCACACCCCUCCUGGCACCCCGGGGCAGCUACAGCACACCCCUCCUGGAACCCUGGGGCAGCUACAAUACACCCCUCCUGGAACCCCGGGGCAGCUACAGCACACCCCUCCUGGAACCCCGGGGCAACUACAUUACACCCCUCCUGGAACCCCGGGGCAGCUACAGCACACCCCUCCUGGCAUCCCGGGACAGCUACAGCACACCCCUCCUGGAACCCCGGGGCAGCUACAAUACACCCCUCCUGGAACCCCGGGGCAGCUACAGCACACCCCUCCUGGCACCCCGGGGCAGCUACAGCACACCCCUCCUGGAACCCCGGGGCAGCUACAGCACACCCCUCCUGGAACCCCGGGGCAGCUACAGCACACCCCUCCUAGAACCCCGGGGCAGCUACAGCACACCCCUCCUGGAACCCCGGGGGAGCUACAGCACACCCCUCCUGGAACCCCGGGGCAGCUACAUUACACCCCUCCUGGAUCCCUGGGGCACCUACAGCACACCCCUCCUGGCACCCCGGGGCAGCUACAGCAAACCCCUCCUGGAACCCUGGGGCAGCUACAAUACACCCCUCCUGGAACCCCGGGGCAGCUACAGCACACCCCUCCUGGAACCCCGGGGCAACUACAUUACACCCCUCCUGGAACCCCGGGGCAGCUACAGCACACCCCUCCUGGCAUCCCGGGACAGCUACAGCACACCCCUCCUGGAACCCCGGGGCAGCUACAAUACACCCCUCCUGGAACCCCGGGGCAGCUACAGCACACCCCUCCUGGCACCCCGGGGCAGCUACAGCACACCCCUCUUGGAACCCCGGGGCAGCUACAAUACACCCCUCCUGGAACCCCGGGGCAGCUACAGCACACCCCUCCUGGCACCCCGGGGCAGCUACAGCACACCCCUCCUGGAACCCCGGGGCAGCUUACCUGUCACUCCUCCAAUAUGUUCCAGUUUCGAGAACAACCUUUAUGUGGAACUCUGUUGA